UGAUUUGUGUAGCUUGAGGAUUAAGGAAGCAGUUAGUAAAACUGUAACCUGCCCUUACUAAUAAAUGCUAUGUACCUCUCAGUUAUGCAACACUUUAUCUUGUCUCCUCUGAUGAUAUGUAUACAUAAUACCCUUCAACAUAGCAAUUAUCAAAAAUAGCACUGGAUAUUACAAAGUGUUAUAAUACAAUGUUUAUUAGUAGACUGGUUUGUAAUGGAAGUUAUAUAAGGAUAGAAUGUGGUAGCAGUUUCUAAUCUUUUGAACUUGCAGGGAAGUAAAUGUAUGGUGCUGAAGAAUUAACACAAUCAUUAGCUUAAUAUUUUCUGUUAUAAAUAGAAAAAAAGAUUGGAGCAAGACUGAUAAAGUUACUGGUAACUGAGCCUAUUUUAUGAAGGAACUACUUUAUUUAUGAAACUUUCUUAUUGGAAGGUUUAAAAAUCAUACAUAUAUAACUUAUUUAAGCUUCUGAUUUUAUGGCCAAAGGCAUUUGCAGAAGCACAACCAAUGAAUAUACGGUUCACGAAAGUUACCUUUUACACUUCAAAUAUGAUUCUUCCAUUAUGAUGAAUUUUAUGAGCUACUCACAAAUUAUACGACGUUUGUUUUUCGAAUUGGGUGUAAUUCUGGUUGCUCAUCUUGGAAAUGGAAUCUAAAAUUUAUAAAUUCCUGAUGCGACGAGUAUGCUGCAGCAGUCAUACUUGUAACGACUUAUUAUAAGUAUAUUAAUAACACACUAGUGACAGCUAGGCUUUUCGCAAUGUCUAUUUUUGGCGUGAAGCAUUGUGCAUACACUUAUGUCCGGGUUUGGAAUAGGUACAUCGUAGCCCCUAAAAUGACUGAGUAUUAUAUAACCUGAUAUAUGUAAAGUGUCAGGGUAAUGAGCGCAGUUUACUGGUACGCAGUGUUUUGUAAUUUAAAGUUCGAGUAGUUUUAAGUAAGUACUGAUUACUCUUUUCGUCAUUCAGUUGACUACACACUACACACACACUACACACACUACACACACACACACAUAUAUAUAUAUAUAUAAAUAGCUACUAGAUUCUUAGAUCUUUUUGGAGUAUUAUACAAAUAGCAUUGAUUUUAGCGCCAAAAUCAUUAUGCAUUGCCAAAUUCUCAACAAACGCUAGUACAAUGUAUCACACUUCGUACACUUUAUGAACAUGACUAUGUGUAUGAUACAUUUAGAGAUUAUUUUACUGUUAUUUUGGAACGUAUACGCCUAAUUUAGAUAUUAUCUAAGGGACAAUUAUAAGGCGGCAUUAUUUAUUCCGAGAAUUCUCUGUGCAUAAUUGCCACCGGUGUAACUUUUAACAUCACAAACUGACACUUAACACAGUUAUUUAGAAAUUAACCAUAAUUAGACAAUCGUGACUACGUUUACAAAAAAUAUUGAUGUGAGAGUUAUUUUUUAUAACGCUUGGUAAUAGUAAAGGAGGAAAUGUAGCCGACUCCUAAUUUUGGCGUAACAUAAAUCACAGUAGCGUAACUACUCAAGGCUAUUUGCUCGAGGAAGGGCCUUAAACACAUUAGCAAUUUACAGGGGCUGCAUAAGUACUUUCAGUUGAUAGUAUUUAUUUUAAGUAUUGCCUGAAUACUGAUUAGGCCUAAUCCCUCUAAGUAGUAGAGGAGGCCCGUGCUUAGCAGUGGGCAAGUUUAUAAUACAGGGCUGAUAUUAUUAUUAUUGCCCGAUUAAGCAGGUACCAUGCACCACUUUCGGACAAAAGGCUCACCCACUUUUACAUAAGUAGUGCCUAGUGAGAUUUGGCUAACAAUCGUUAACUUAAUGCAGAUUAGGGGUCCGCCACAAGCUCAUGUAUUAGUCAGUGAAGUAACACACACGCGCGUUAAAGAUGGAUCCCAAAAAUGAUAUCAGAUAGCAAUACAAUCUAAAAAAAAUAUUUAAUUAUUACACAAACAUAUUAGACUGAAAUUGCACUUGUAACGUUUUUAGGGUUCCGUACUUCAAAAUUAACUCUUAUAGAAUCACUUUAUUGUCUAGUCUGUCAAGAUAAUUCUCAGUACCGCAUAAAGGUAUCAAGCUGAAAUUUAUAUCAACUACUCAGGUAUACUAUCUCUUUCUGCUGUCAUAAAAUCAAACGUAAGUUAGUUAAUGCGAUUAAAAAAUAUUACCAAUUAAUCAAACAUAUAGGUUCAGAGGACUUCCCGUUGACCUAGAAUCAUAAAAUUUGGCAAGAAGCAAUGUUUUACAGUACAUGUAAAGACAAACAAACCGAAAACGGUAAAUAUUUUAUACUGUAAUAACAAAACAACGAAUUUAUUAUUACAAACUUAUAAUUUGCGGCUGGUGCAAUAACCGUGUCUAGGGGUUGAACGGCAAAGUUAAGUUUGAACUUAUAUCGUAUAGCUACUUAAAUACCUUACCUACAAGUGUGUACGGAACCUUCGGUACGCAAGUCCCACACGCAAUUUCGUAUUUUUACUGUACUUCAAUCAUUACUUCUUAAUACUGAAAAGUCGUUCGGUAAGUUUAAUGGUAUAUACUUGCAUAAAAUAAAUCUGCGAAUUCUACGUGAUCUAGUUAUUAGUAACUAUAAUUUGCGUGAAAGAUGAAAUCUGAAAUUUAGGUUAGGUCUGCUUAAUAAAAGCGCUAGGUCUUGGACCGUAAACGUUAGAAUUCAUUUACAGCAUUCGACAUUCACGGGCAGAAUAUUUAAGUGUGAAUAAAUAUCACGCUGCACGGUGUUUCAACUAUUUGGUGGUGUGCCGUGCUUGACAUGGCCGGUUGUUAGCUUUGCAUUGCCGCCAGUCUGGUGAUCUCGCGCGCAGCUUUUGGUACUCUACUUGUCAGUAUCCGCUAAAGUAUUGAAUUUGACAAAGGUUCCGUAAAAGUGCUAACAGAUAAUUGUAAACACGAAUUAUUCAGAAAAAAUAAAAAACCAUGUGUGAAUGGCUUUCGUAUAACGAGUGGUACGACGUCAAGUUGCUGUGUGGUGGACACGCUUUCAACGCACAUCGAGUGGUCCUCGCGAGUGUUAGCACUUUUUUACGGAAAAUACUUAUCUCGUGUGAAACAGAUGAGUCACCUACAUUUAUAGUCUUGCCGGAUUUUGAUCUCGAAGCUGUUUCAUCAGUUCUUUAUUACAUUUAUAAUGGAGAAGUAGCUGUACAUAAGCAAAAGCUCGAUAGGUUUCUAGAUAUCAUUAAAGCAAUGCAAAUAUUUGUAGAUAUUAAAUAUUUUACAAAUUCCUGUGAAGUUCGAGACACCAGAUAUGUAGUUCCUUCUGUGUCAUUAGAGAGACAAGAAAUUUUCACUUUAGGCUUUACGGAUUAUAAGCACCAAAGGUACAUUAAUAUCAAAAAAGGUAACGAAAUCAAGGAAAUACUACAAUAUUCCGUGAACAAAGUCGAUUCUUAUGAUAAGCAAGAAUGUUACCAGAAACGGAGCGAACCGCGGAGAUCUUUAGGAAAUCUGAAAUCGUCAUACGGAGACCGACAAAGGAACUCUUUCCUACGUGAUUUAUAUAUCGAGACAUAUCCUCGAAACGGUAAUGUUAACGGUCAGGCGGUAAGCGUGCUGGCAAUAUCAAAUGAAUGCUAUCGUGCUCCGACAUCUGUACUCCUGACGAAUGCAAAUGACCAACAUCUCAACGCCAGCAACACUCUCUUAGAGACAUAUAAAAGUGCUACUUGGUACCCCUUUCAUUUAUCUAGAGCACCUGGUCUCGACAAAGAAAUACAAUGCACUAAACGUUUAAGUAAAAAUGUAACCAGUACACAAUCUGGAAUAAUUUCGAAUAGUACUCCUAACUGUAAUGAUUUAAACAAUGUUAUCCAAAGCAAUGACAAUUGUAAAACUAAUUUGAAUAUGUGGGGAGAUAGAGUGAUGCCACGACCAGAUUUAUCAUUAAUGCCAAUUGCAUUUAAAAAUGAAAUGAUGUCUGAAGUGCACUUGCCAUCGAUAGAUCUCACAUUAAAAAAAUUAAACCCUUCGUGGAAUUCAUUACUGAAUAAUUGGACUAAUAAAGAGAAUUCAAAGUAUAAACUAGGAAAUGGUGUAAAUACUUUAAAAAUCGGCAUCCUCAAUCAAGUGCUAGAAAGUCCUUGGCGGUCACGAACACCUAACUUUUUUAAACCUUGCCGUAGAAGAACGCAAAGUAUUAAACAGCAUCAAGAUGAAAAAGUCAUGAAAAAUUAUGUAAUUAAUGACGGUAACAACAAUAUUCAAACUCAAAUGCAUCCUGAUAUGCCACUUGUAGCCAAUAGUAACGAGCUGCCUCCCUUCAUAGAAGACUACGUUAAAAGUAAUCAUAAAUGUCAUAUUUGUAACCAGGUAUUCACGAGUAAUCACAUGCUGAGCGCACAUAUGAAGCGGCACACAACCAACGCGCGCUACUCGUGUAGUGAAUGCGGCAAGACCUUUUCACAGCUUCGCAACUUCAAGUACCACAUGUCGAUACACAGGGGCACCAGGGAGUUUGCUGCUACCUGCACUGUGUGCGGGAAGUACUUCAAUGAUAGAGGUUACCUUAGCAGCCACAUGAAGAUACACAGAAAUCGUAAAGAAUACAAGUGCACUCAAUGCCCCAAGUCGUUUAAUCAACGGGUCGCCUACAAUAUGCAUAUGAGAAUUCAUACAGGUGUGAAACCGCACGUCUGCGAGGAGUGCGGCAAGGCGUUCUCCCGUAAGAUGCUAUUGAAACAGCAUCAGCGCACGCAUUCGGGUGAGCGGCCAUACUCCUGUCCCCAUUGCGACAAACGCUUCGCAGAUCGAUCCAACAUGACGUUGCAUCUCAGGUUACAUACUGGUGUGAAACCUUUUUCGUGUACGUUAUGCCCGAAAUCGUUCACGAAGAAGCACCAUCUCAAGUCGCACCUGAAUUUCCACACGGGCUCUAAGCCGUACUCAUGUCCUCGCUGCAAGCUGGCCUUCACGCAGUCUUCCAACAUGAGAACCCAUAUGAAGAAGUGCAACGUGCCUGAGCCUCUGCCACACACUUCUGCUGAAUGCAGUCAAUAAUGUGGUAUCCCGUCAUCCACAUGAAUGUGAUUAUUUAAUGAAAAUGUUAAUGUUAUUUAUCAAAGGAUUUGUUAUAUUGUUAUUGGUUUAGUGUAUAAAACAAUGUGUUCUUCUUUUAUAACUGUGACGCUAAUGGACACAGACUUAGUUUUCAUGCACGUUUUAUUAUAUUUUACCAACUUGUUUUAAUUUUUUAAUUUUUGGAAUACACGGGGUAGAGCAAUGCCCUGAAUAUAGUACCCUCUGAACAUUAUGAGAUUAUUAUAAUAUAAUCAAUGUCUACUUUAUUAAGGAAUCAAAUGAUAAUAUUAAGAUUGAGUCGCCCUAAUAUCUACCAUCUUAGCUUGUAUUAGAUCAGGUUGAUAUUUAUUUUAAAGAGUUUUAUUGAUCGUUCAUCUCUAGUUUUUUUGUAAAGUAAAGAAUUUAUAAUAUUAUAUCUCUUAAGAUUAAUCCUAUCUAUUCCUAUGUUGUUUUUUUGACAUAAUCCAAUGAAACACUAAAGUAGAAAUACUAGCCUAAAUAUAAUUAUUUAGAGUUUCCUCAAUGUGUAGAUAUCUAACAAUUUCUAGAUUUUAGUCAUUUAUACUCAGAAAUAUACUCAUUUAAUUAUUGUCACACUAAGAUGUGUUU